CAUCUCUUGCUGAACAGUGUGCGGUCCUCUCGUCGUCUCAAAUUCCCGUCUCACAAUGAGACUCGAAACCUCAUCGCAUCCAAAGCCGCUGGUGGAGCUUCUUGCAUCUGGAAAAGUACCUGAAAGUAUCGUCUGAAGCAGUGCUAUUUACCGUUAACCACUUCCGAACCUGAAAUUCAUCUAUUUUUAAACGCGACAUUCUGUGACGACAGUAAAAAUUGCCCUCUAGCCCACUUGACUACUACUCCGAGGAAUGCUUUUAUCGCCAAAAUCGAAAACAAACUCAAACUACUCUGGCUAAUCGGCCGUUGAAGAGUUCCAAUAAUGAAAGGAAACUUUAAGUGAGUCGAUAUUACGUCUCAAUUUCAUAUUAUUGCACCACCCACGCUCCUUCUCAGAAACUAAGUACCAAAAUUUGUCAACAAUAAAAUCUGCAGAGUAAAGCAUUCAUUAUCGUUGCGUCGAACUCCAUUUGAGGACAGGACCAGAUAAGCAGUAGCAGUUUUGUUUACUAGCAACCGUGUAAUUGGUGAACUUUAAAGAGAAAGCAAAUCAGUGAAGUUUGAAGGGAAAGCAAAUUAGUGAACUGGGCUAAUACUUAUUACUCCCUCAGACUACCUGUUGUCGUCCUGUGGGUGACUCUAUUUUCUCUGGAAAGUCCAAAUUAUUAAGAAGCAUCGUGUCUUUGCAGAUACGUUGUCAACAUCAUUAUUGAGAAGGACGAGAACGAGAUUUUGGACUGCAGAAGUCCCUCAGUCAUUCGUCUCUCUCCGUCAGCCACGACGAACUACUGAUACUACUACCAUACGUAUAAUAAGGUUAAACGAUGUGUGGAAAGGUGACAUCAACAAUUUUCCCUGCAUAAUUGGAGUAAGCUUAUUAACUAUUGUUAGUUGUAUGUACAUCUUCACAAGCCUGAAAAGGAAUUGACGCAUAAUGUCAGUGUGAUUAGGAAUUUAGAGGAAAAAUAUAAUCAACCAUCUCAACGGAUUUUCUCAAAGUUGUAUACUUUCAACAGUUCAGUGAGUUGGCUAAUAGUCUUGAAAGACAAGGAAUUAUAUCCAAGUGUAUUUAUCUUGGUCUGACUGAAAACUUUACUUGCUGGCAACGUCCAACCCUUCUCCACGCGUUCUGGCAGAUUUAAGACUUAAUGAAAGUGAACUCUGUCAUGUAAAGGAUCCUCACAUUGCAUCGCCCACCAAGCAGAAUCCGGGGGCAGUUGUAAAUCGAAGCCAUUCAUCAAAGAAUAAACUGACCAGCAGCAGCAGCAGCAGAGGAAAGGAAAAGUUGAGACAUAGCCAAAAAGAUUGGGUUUUUCUGUUGAGAUUUCUUUCAACUCUGCCUGCCCAUCAGCACACGGGAUAAGCGAGGAACAUCCAAAACUGAUCCUCAUUCAACCACAGAAGAAUCCUCUUACUCCGUCUGUUCGUACGAAUCUCGGGCAGAAAUUCUAAACCCAGGCAGGCAGCCCACAAAGUGAACACAGAGUUGGUUGAACCGAUAAAAGUGGUCGAUUCGUCUUCGAUUAGAAAUUCACCUCAAAUCAAGACCACCGAGUGAAAGGAGAGGCCACCGUCGAUCACAAUCAUCAAAACCAAUCAAUUGGAUCACCCAGACCAAAAUUGGGGAGGAGGGUUAACAUAAAUACGUCGACUGGAUGAUAGCAAUGAGCCUCGGAUUCGUGCAAAUCUGAAAAGCUGCUCGACUCUGGUGUAUCCUUUACUAUUCGUAAGAACUUGUCGGCAGAGGACUUCCUGACGGUGCCAACAACAUCAUGAACGUGUCGUCAUUUGGGGGGCUGGGGAACGAGGAGGAGGAGGAGAACUUGAUGGGCUUAGUGCAUGGUGGGGUCCACACGAACGAGAGCUGUGCUAACACCACGGGCGUCGGGGGAACAAAUGGGACAGAUAUCAACCCUUUCUACUACUUCGAGUUUGAGACGCUGACUUUCCUCUGGAUUCUCCUCUUGUUCAUCGUGAUCGGAAACUCGGCUGUGUUGGCGAGUCUCAUGCUAACCAAGACACAGAGAAAGUCACGGAUGAAUUUUUUCAUCAUGCAUCUGGCGUUGACAGAUCUCUCCGUGGGACUUGUGAACGUCUUAACUGACAUAAUUUGGAAGAUGACUCUUGGUCAAUGGUACUUGGGGAACGUUGCUUGCAAACUUGUCAAAUAUUUUCAGGUGGUUGUCAUCUUUGCUUCAAAUUACGUGCUCGUCGCCCUCAGCAUCGACCGAUAUGACGCCAUCACCCAUCCUCUCAAGUUCUCGGGAAGUUGGAGACGCGCUCGUCUGCUGAUUGCUUCCGCAUGGGGAUUAUCCUUCACUUUCGCCAUUCCCAUUCUCUUCAUCUUCUUUGAGAAGGAGCUGAUCAACGAGAAAAACGGAGACAUCAUGAGACAAUGUUGGAUCGACCUGAGUGACCUGGGAUGGAAAAUAUAUAUCACGAUGGUCUCCUUCGCCGUCUUCAUCAUUCCAGCCCUCAUCAUAACGAUUUGCUAUACAAUCAUGGUCCACACUAUUUGGACACAGUCUCGCAUACUGACGCCACAGGGUAACAAAAAUACUUCAAACGGAAUACUGAGACGGACCUGCAAGAACUCCAGCUCGAACAAGACGGACCCUUUGUUUGAUGACGAUUCGAGACGAGCAUCUUCUCGAGGGCUAAUUCCCAAGGCAAAGAUUAAGUCCGUCAAAAUGACCUUCGUGAUUGUCUUUGUGUUUCUCUGCUGUUCGAGCCCCUACGUCGUGUUCUCCAUGUUGCAAGUGUACGACUUUAUCCCCCCGACGCAGACCAUGACGGCCGUCAGCACUUUCUUCACGAGCUUAUCCCCGCUCAACAGUGCGGCAAAUCCGAUUAUCUACUGUCUCUUUUCCACGCACGUCGGCAGAAAUCUGAGGAAAAUCAAGCUCGUAAACUGGUUUGUGAAGCGAAUAUGCCCCAAAAUGCGAAAGUCUAGCCCCAACAACACCAACAAAAGGAAGUUUGGACCACCAGGGACCCACCACCAUCAGGAUAUUUCACAGAAAACCCGAACGGAUUUUACUUCCCUGACCGACUCCUACCGCAGACCUGGCCAAUCUUCCAUGAACCGUUUCUCCUCCACCACAAUCCGUAAAGCGAUGGACGUCAGUGGUGUGGUCACGAAAGAGGUAAAAUUUCAAGGAAAUCUGAAGAACGGAGGAGCUUGUCUCAACGCUCCCAGCUCUCGGCCUGUCCCAGGUCAGGCCGCACCCACUUCGUCUUGACGGCCAAAGCUGAGUUUGACGGAGAGCAUCGAGUUGUGCACAACUGUGAUGUUGAUGGAUGAGCCCUCAGAGGUCCGAGUGACGGUGGUGGCUGGGGAGAAGGCAACCUCCUCUACGCUUCUCGACCAGGAAAACAAUCGUCUCUCGCCCUCAAGUCAGGCCAAAAGGUCCAACUCGUCGCCGAUUGAUUCGGAUGACUUUGUGUCUACCACGCAUUCUCCAUCAGACUAGUGGAUGAUAUUCUCUACUUACUUGUUCUAAAUCUAUAUUAUAUAUCUAAACCUCCCCAAAGAGUGAAUAUAUUCAUAACUACAACAAUGUAUAUUCUCGUAACGAGUUAUUUACUGUACUUGUGGCACGUAAUUUCGUAAGCCAAAAAUACCAGAUUUUCAGGAGAUGAAUGUAAAAGAGUGAAUUAAGAGUUAAUAGUAACCUGCAUAUAAUCUGUGUAUACAAAUGUAGAUGAUUUAUAUAUCUCAAUGUCUGAAUGUAAUGUAUGUACCUUGUGCUGGAUUAAAAUUAUGCGGAGUGUAAUGAAUAGAUUCACCACCAAAUUAGAUAGGUUCCCAGGCCUGAUUUUGAGCUGGUACAAAACCUUGGACUGGGGGCUUACAUAUAUUCAUUAUUGAUUAAUUAGUAAUGUGUAUGAUCCCCACCUCAAUAAAUGUGUAUAUAUGUAUAUAUGUGUAUAUAUAUGCAUUAUUGUAUUAUUAUUCGCGUGUAAAUCAAUUAUGUGUGUACCUGUUUGUCACGCUUGGAUAUAUUGCAGUCAAGUUAAUACUAUAGCUUAUGGGGCGGCCCGACCCGAUACCUCUCGACAGGGUAUAGAUUUAACCGAUACAAUUAUUGAAACUACAAACGAACUACUAUCCGAAUUCGUAUGAAGAUAAUGCCCAAAAAACCUGUGAAGUAGUUUUAAUUCAAUGCCACUAAUGUUUAUGUAGAAUUCCAUUUAAUUUAGUUCAAAUGUUGAUCUCAAACUGUCAGGUAUACGCACGCGAGUGUAUAAAUAGAUU